ACUUUGCCCAUGCCGCCACGUAACCAGCUCUGCUGAGUUUCUUAUAGUUUCCUACCCGUACCGGAUGAAGUAGCUAGUAGUCGUCUUUUAGUUCGCCUUCUUCGAGCUGGAAGACAGAGGCGGAAAGAGCAAGAAUAAUGGAGAAAGGGAGGACGACGAUUGAGGUGGGUGCCGAUGGCGUGGCCAUUAUCACCAUUGUUAAUCCUCCUGUGAAUUCCCUCUCGAUCGACGUAUUGUACAGUCUGAAAGACAAUUAUGAACAAGCUUUGAAAAGAAAUGAUGUGAAAGCAAUUGUUGUCACAGGUUCUAGGGGGAAAUUUUCCGGAGGUUUCGAUAUCAGUGCUUUUAGUGCAAUUCAAGGGGGAAAGAUUGGACAACCUAAUGCAGACUUUAUUUCCAUUGAAAUUGUUACCAACACCUUGGAAGUAGGUGCAAAAAAGCCAUCAGUAGCAGCUAUUGAUGGCCUGGCACUUGGUGGCGGGUUAGAGAUUGCCAUGGCAUGCCAUGCACGCAUUUCCACUUCAAAUGUUCAGUUAGGCUUGCCUGAGCUUCAACUUGGUGUCAUCCCAGGCUUUGGAGGAACUCAACGACUCCCACGGCUUGUGGGCCUUACUAAAGCUCUUGAAAUGAUCCUGUUGUCCAAGUCAAUUAAAGGAGAAGAAGCCCAUUCAUUGGGUCUUGUUGAUGCCAUUGUUCCACCUGAUCAAUUGGUCAUCACUGCUAGACGAUGGGCUUUGGAUAUUGUUGAAUUUAAAAGACCGUGGAUAAGGAGCCUUUUUAAAACUGAUAAAUUGGAAUCACUAGGAGAGGCCAGGGAAAUUCUAAAGUUUGCCAGAGCUCAAGCUCAAAAGCAAGCUGCGAAUCUCCAGCAUCCGUUGGUUUGCAUUGAUGUCAUAGAAGAAGGCAUAGUAUCAGGGCCUCUAGCUGGACUUCGUAAGGAAGCCAGUUCGUUUCAGCAUCUUCUUACCUCUGACACAUGCAAGAGCUUGGUCCAUGUGUUCUUUGCACAACGCGCUACUUCUAAGGUACCUGGUAUCACUGACUUAGGUCUUACACCUAGGAAAACACAAAAAGUUGCUAUUCUUGGCGGAGGCCUGAUGGGCUCUGGAAUUGUAACUGCAUUGAUAAUGAGCAAUUAUCCAGUUAUUCUUAAAGAAGUAAAUGAAGACUUCCUAAAAGCUGGAAUCGAUAGGAUCAAAGCCAAUCUGCAAAGUCGUGUGAAGAAAGGGAAAAUGACUGAUGAAAAAUUUGAGAAGACUCUUUCACUCGUAAAAGGAGUUCUUGAUUAUGAGAGUUUUAGAGACGUGGACAUUGUAAUUGAGGCAGUUAUAGAGAAUAUAUCUUUGAAGCAGCAGAUAUUUUCUGAUCUGGAAAAGUACUGCCCUCCACAUUGCAUCCUUGCUAGUAAUACUUCAACGAUAGACUUGAAUUUGAUAGGAGAGAAAACCAGUUCUCAGGACCGAAUAGUUGGAGCUCAUUUCUUUAGUCCUGCUCACGUGAUGCCACUUCUAGAAAUAGUGCGUACCAAUAAAACCUCUCCACAGGUCGUUUUGGACUUGCUGGAUUUGGGGAAGAAAAUUCGCAAAACACCAAUAGUUGUUGGAAACUGUACUGGUUUCGCAGUCAACCGGACGUUCUUUCCUUACACUCAGUCAGCACUCUUAUUUGUUGAUAGGGGUCUAGAUGUCUACAAGAUCGAUAGGGCAUGUACUAAGUUUGGAAUGCCUAUCGGCCCUUUCAGAAUGAUUGAUCUUGUUGGCUUUGGGGUUGGAGUGGCUACUGGCAUGCAAUAUCUUCAAAGUUUCCCUGAUAGGUCCUACAAAUCGGUGCUGUUGUCACUCAUGCUUGAGGAUAAGCGAUCAGGUGAAGCUGCUCGGAAGGGGUUCUACAAAUAUGACAAUAGGCGGAAAGCUACUGUUGACCCUGAAAUAAACACGUACAUUGAAAAAUCGAGGAAAAUGGCCGGUGUUACAGUUGAUCCUGAGUUAAUGAAGAUUUCAGAUAAAGAAAUUGUAGAAAUGGUUUUUCUUCCUGUUGUGAACGAAGCUUGUCGAGUUCUUGACGAGGGUAUUGCUGUCAAGGCAUCGGAUCUUGAUAUCGCUUCUAUCAUGGGCAUGGGGUUCCCUCCAUACAGAGGUGGUAUCAUCUUCUGGGCCGACACUCUUGGAGCAAGUUACAUCCACAAGAGAUUAGAGGAGUGGACUAAAAGAUAUGGUGAUUUCUUCAAGCCAUGCUCCUAUCUGACAGAACGUGCUGCUAAGGGCAGUCCACUGAGUGCUGCUGUUGAACGAGGAAAGGCUCGGCUUUAAAGAAAGCAUACUCAUUUAGCUAUAAAAAUGCACGUCUAAGAGCAGAUAUGAGGACUCGUAUCUCUCUGAAUCUCCAUGAAUUACGAUCUAUACAGAUAGAGCAUUAAAUGUGGCAAAUCGAAUUAUAAGUUGUUUUUUAAGAGAAAUGACUGUCUAUUUGUGCCAAUAGAAGCUAAUAAUUAUAAACAGUGAAUGAAAUUGUUGUUUUUAUUAUGCGCAUAUUUGUGUGUGUGCUGCUCUUGUAUUUGAUAAAAUAAUUGUAGCUAAUGUGGAUUAAAUAGAAAUUACUAUAGCCGUACAGAUUAUUGACUGCGCGCAUGAUAUUUUA